CUAAUAAACCACACAAUUAAUCAUUUUAAAAUAAUCUCCAAGAGCAUGAGCCACCCAAUAUGACCAUAAAAAUUCAAGUUCUAGAACAUCCAAGCAGAAAGUCUUCUUAAACAGAUCAAUCCAAGAAGCUGCCUUCCUUCACCCAUUAGUCAAAAUUCUCCCCCAUCUUUUUCCUUCUCCAAAUAAUACACUCUUUUAUAUUCUACAGCUGACUUUUCCAUUCAUCUCUUUCAAUUAUAUAUAAACCAAAAAUACUUAUCUCUCCAAGAUUCAUUACUCCGCCUUCUCCGCCCGGUUAAAUUUCCCACUAAAAAAUCUACCAUGGUCAACUUUAAACCUCUCGUCCUCAUCCUCGUCCUCGUACUGUUAUGUCGGGCGUCAGCGCAGGCUCCUGGAACCGAAGACCGGUUCCAGUACCCGAGUGUCAGCCCAGCAAUGGCUAUUAUCAUAGUAGUACUUAUAGCUGCUCUUUUUUUCAUUGCUUUUUUCUCUAUUUAUAUUCGUAACCGGGGUGCGGCUAAUGGAAGCAUCCGGCAAACCUUCUCCAUGCGACGUCGUGCAGCUGCUGCUGCUGCUACUCGUGGACUCGAAAACACGGUUAUCGAGACUUUUCCGACUUUCACGUAUGCUGAAGUGAAGGAUCAUCAUAUUGGGAAGGGCGCGUUGGAAUGUGCGGUGUGUUUGAAUGAAUUUGAAGAUGAUGAAAUGUUGCGUUUGAUCCCUAAGUGUGAUCAUGUUUUUCACCCUGAGUGUAUUGAUGCUUGGCUUAAAUCUCAUGUAACUUGCCCGGUUUGCCGAGCUGAUCUUACUCCUAAACCGGAUGAACCGGCACCAGCUCAAGCUACUGAUCAGGUGAACGGGGAUUUAGGGGAACAACAGGGAGAUACGGAGAAUUUGCAGCAAAAUAAUGAAGUUUCGAUACAAAUUGAGCAAGAGGAAAGCUCUGUUAGACCAGAAGUAAAGAGAAAUCUGAGUUUCAAUGCAUCGAACCGGCCGCCGAGGUCUUUUUCUGUAAAGAGGCCGAGGAUUUUUAGCAAAUUUAGGUCACACUCGACCGGCCACUCAUUGGUGGUACCAGGGGAGAAUUUAGACCGGUACACUCUUAGAUUACCGGAGAAUGUCAGGAAAGAUGUAAUGAACCGGGCACUGCUGAACCGGGCAAGGAGCUGCGCAGUCACGCUACCAAGACACGGUAGCUCUAGAACCGGUAAUGGAGAGGGAAGCAACAGGGGUACGAGAUCAUUCAACCGGAUUGACCGGUUCGAACCGGAAGGAAAGUCAGACCGGUGGGUUUUCAAGAUGGCACCGCCAUUCUUCACAAGAGGUCCAUCAAUGAAAUCACCAAAAGUAAGAGCGGAUAACGAAGAGGCAUCCACAUCACGCAGUGUGAAAGUGGCAGUAAAAAUGCCGUCGUUCAGAUGCCUUGAGCCAAAAGGUGAUGAACCCGGUUUGUUAGCCAAUGACUCGGCUCGAUCGCCGGUUUAAGGAGUUUGGUGAUUGCUGAGCCGGCUAACGGUUUAAAGAGUCCGUCUACCAGACAUUAACGGAAGUGUUUGUUUAAUGGCGCGGCGUAAAGUGAAAACUUUUUGUGCGCCGGCGAAUGAGGCGAAUGCGUGGGCCCGCCAACUAUGAAACUUCCGUUUUUGACUUUAUUGCACUGCACAUAUAUAUAAUGCCAAAAGUUGAAAUUCAAGGCUUUCGACUUCUAGAAAAUUCAUUAAAAUGUUGAUUAAUUUUAUUAUUUAAAAACAAAUAAUUUUCAACUUUUGGGUUUUUUUGGGGUGAAGAGGGUGUUCAAAGACUCCCUGGUUAUCUAGUUGGGUGAUGUAGUAGUACUCUAAACGCGAUGUAAAUAUGAAUGUUUGUUUUGUUCUUGUUUGAUAGAGAUGUGAUGAUUUUCCUCCUA